CGGCCAGAUUAUUUACCAUUUCAGUGAUUAAUUAAAGCUACCAGGAAAACUCAAGGAGACAUCGUCUAGCAACUUCAUUCAUUUCUAUUUAGCUAUUAGAUAUGGCGCAUGUGUCUUCCUUGUGGCGGUAAUUAAUCUCCAGCCUGCCCCACUUCCAAGACACAGAAUAGCAGGGUGAUGCCCUGCAGAGGUGGAGACGGAGGCAGUUUGGGGAUCCGCUAAGCACAGCUGCAGAAGCCCAGGACAACAGAGGAGAAGGGGUGCCGGGGAAGCAUCCGUGCAGUAAAAUACAAUUAGUGGUUGCAUGUAAAUCCCACACACAGCCACCGAGCAGGCGGCUCUUCCCUUUCCACUUCUACUCCCGUUUCCCCUUCUGCCUCCAGCUCACUUAAAUGAGAUUCACCUGGAUAAAAAUAUCAGCACGGGCAGGCAGAGCUGUCUUCCCUCUUUUCCUGCCUCCGGGAAUUUUUUUUUUUCCUAAGACACGCAAGACUCCACAUAAUGAACCUCGUGGGUUCCCGGCCCCGCCCCCUUUUCAGAGCGUCCAUUUCUCUUUCUUUCCUGCUGUCCCUAUAUCUUUCAGUGAAAAUUUUUACAAGACCAUAAAAGCCUAGCAUAAAUCAUCUCCAUUCUCUCCGUCAGAAAAUAUGUCGGGAAAAGUUCUUCCAGGAAGAAGGUGGUCAUAUUUCCCUCAUGAAAUCCUUUCUGAUAAAUAUAGUUUUCUUGGGAAUGCCUGUCCUGAGCCCUGAGAACAGUCUAGGCUGGCGCUGCUGGGCAAGGACAGGGACAGGACCCAAGCCCAAAGUUUAGCAGAAGCUCCUGUGUCACAAGGCAUGUUCGUGUUUCUCACUGGAGGUAGAUCUGCAUUGUUUGCUGCAUGACUGUUCUGUGUAUAAAUAGAUCACCAAGAAAAGCUGGAGAGAUUUCUCAGUGGUUAAGAGCACCGGCUGUUCUUUCAGAGGAUCCAGGUUCAGUUCCCAACACCCACACAGUGGUUUGCAACUAUUUGCAACUCCAGUCCUAGGAGGUCCAACACCCUCUUCUGACCUCUGCUGGCACCAAGCACACACAUGGCACACAUACAUAUAUACAAACAUACAUACAUACAUACAUACAUACAUACAUACAUGCAUACAUGCAGGCUGGCAAAGAACUAUUGGUAACUUUUGCGCUAAAAAGGUUCAUCGAACCCACUUGGUAUAGAAAAAAUAAAAGUGAACUCAAAUAAAAGCUUAGUGGGUUACACUGUUAGCGUGAGGCAGAAGUAGGACUAGAACCCAAGACUCUUCAUAAAAUGACCAUUCUAAGAUGAGGAUUGUAAGUUAAGGAUUUAGAAAUGACUUAAGCAUAGACAUUUUAUGCUAUAUUGAGCGUACUUUGAUAAAAAGAAAAUAGCUGUCUUGAGGAAAGGGUGGGAAAGGAGAUAGAGGUGUCUUAGAAACUGGCAUGUUUUCUAUGCAAAGACUUCGAUAGUAAGACUGUCAAAGCCCUUUGUUGCAGUGGGGUAAACAAAAUGAGAGUUAGACUUAAGAAGGUUGCCGUCCGUGGGUCCGACGCCAGCCAUUGUUCCGUAUGCUCACCUGUACUUGUACAAAAGUUUACAUUCUCCAUCCUGAAGUUUAUUUUCCUUUCUUCUUUUUUUAUUAAUGCCUUUUAAAUUCAAAAAUCUCAAAAAUCAGUAAAGUGUGCAAAGACAGACCAAAGAAAAAAAGAAACUGGAUGUGACCCACAACGUCACUGCGCACUGGACACUGUGGUGAAUGUGUUCCAAGAGCUGGGUUGAUGAGACUAUCUACAAAAGGAGAAACGGAAGCUUGAAAAUACUGGGGCGCCAGGCAGUGGUGGCGAAUGCCUUUAAUCUCAGCACUUGGGAGGCAGAGGUAGCCUGGUCUACAAAGUGAGUUCCAGGACAGCCAGGGCUACACAGAGAAACCCUGUCUUGAAAAGCAAAAAAAUAAAAAUAAAAUAUAAUCAAAUACUGAGGUAUUUUGACUUCUGACCUGGAGGUUAUAGGGCGGAAACUUGGGCUAAUCCCGUACUUCAUGCAGAAGUUGAGUUGAAGGUAGGGGAGAAGAAAGUAGAGUAAUUGUAAACACUCUGCAGUUACUUCAGAAUGAACCGUUAAGUAUCAAGUGUGGGACUUAAUACGCGCAUGUCGGUGGCUCUCACACUGUCAUGACCAGAAAAACCUCUACUUUCAAAUUACUUGCCAUCUUUAGGCUAGUUCUUUUAAAUAAAAUAUUUAAGAAAGCUUUAAGAAAAACUGGAGUGAAUCAUCCGCUCAUGUAUCUGUCACUCGCUUAGGCACACAGAGGCCAAUAGAUCUCUCGCUUCCCUCUGCCCUGUUCUCCUCUUGAUACCUGGAACAAUGGAAACUUUAUUUGGUACCAUUUUUUUUAUUAUUAUUAUUCUUAAAAAUGUCAAAAAGUUAAUAUUUUCUUUCAUAGCUUGAGCAAGAAUUAAUCCUGAUCUGUGUUUAUUUAUCCUUUUAAAUAUGCACUGGAAUCUAUGUUGCAACUUAUUUAAUAACUGUUGGCAUUUACUGAGUUCCUGUUCUGUAGAAGGCCUUCAGUGUGAAAGCAUAAUGCUGAUUCUGUGUCUUAGGAGGGGGCACCGCCAUGUCAGUGAGCAGUGAGCAUGGAGAACCACAACUUCUUCCUGCCUGCUGUGCUGAGGCUAGAGUGUUCUUGCACCGAACACUCUAGGGAAGUAAAUACUGAAUGAUUGUGAAGAGAAAGCGAGUAGGAGAUGCCCGCUGAGCCUAGAAAAGAGAGUAGGCGAUGCCCCCUGAGUUCUAGAAAAAAGAGAGAAAGAAUGUGAUAUCCUGGUGAUGUCAUAUUUUCUUCUCAGAAAAUAGGAUUAUCUUAUAUAUCAAAAGAUGGCCUAGUCGGCCAUCACUGGAAAGAGAGGCCCAUUGGACUUGCAAACUUUAUAUGCCCCAGUACAGGGGAAUACCAGGGCCAAAAAGGGGGAGUGGGUGGGCAAGGGAGUGGGGGUGGGUGGAUAUGGGGGACUUUUGGUAUAGCAUUGGAAAUGUAAAUGAGUUAAAUACCUAAUAAAAAAUGGAAAAAAAAAAAAAAGAAAAUAGGAUUAUCUGGUCCCUAUCCGUUCUUGUGGGACAGUUUCAUGUAUCAAGUCAUUUCCUUGAAGCAACUUUGGAGAAACAAAAGGAGUUGUUUUGUUUUCUAGUAAUAUUACUGUAGGGCUGGCUGACUUCAUGCUGGAUCUGCUGUCAUCUUGAACAUCGUAUCACAAAGUUUCGUUGACACACAAAGCUCAGUUCCACAGGGAACACGAGGCUUUUAGUCCCUAUCUGCUGCUAACUGGAACCAUCCUUUAGAUUUUGAAGCCUACUUCACUUCAUCUACUGAAAAACAAGGCCCUUGACUCUAGAAAGCUCUCAUCUCUGUGCACAUCUUUUUUAAACUGAGCACCUCAGUGUACAAAUUAGAGAAAUCUCUAAGAUUUGGAGGGACGGUGGUUCUGGGUUCACAGAUGCCUGCUGUAGCAGAUGCCUCUCAGAUGUUAUAUCAUUUGUUCUUUGAAAUUUUAAAAAGCAUUUCACAAGGAAAAAAAAUUUAGGGAACUAUAUCGAAUAACUCGACCAAGGGCACGUAGCAAGAUGGCAAAUCGACUGCUAUUUUCCCUUUAAAGUCUGAAUUCUUUCCAUUCACCAGGGUCAAUCCCUACCCUUUCCACAUACAGAAAGAGGACCUAUAUCGCAUGCCCUUUAUGUGUUAGAAACCAUCUAGAUCUCCUUUAAUACUCAAAACAACUUUAAAAAAAGAUUACAUUUGCUUCAAAUAUUUUCACUUUUUCUCAAACAAAAAUGGAGUUCCAUUCUGAUAUUCAUGUUCACUGGUCGUUGAUAUUUUUAUCUAUUUGCCUAACAAAUUCGUAUUGUACUCAUCCUCUUUCCCUUCCACUAUUACUUCUUCCCAGGGUCUCCCUUUGCUUUACAGACAAAGCUGACAGAGACACAAAAGAAUGCAGAGUAGACAGGACAGCCAACAGCUGACCCCAGGUCUCUCCAGGUCUCUAAUAUGUUUCAGAUGUAGAUGUUAACGUAUGGUUUAUUUUAUUGUCUGUCUUCCUCUAAAACAAACUUGUGUGCAUUCGACCUGCAACAUGCCCAUGCCAAGAAAAGAAUGCCAACAUGGAAUUAGCCUGCCAGCAGAAAGGAAAGCAAAAUUCCCCAUUUGAUUCCAAACUAGAUGAGUAACCAGUGAAUUACUGAAGAAUAUUAAUUAAUACAUAGUCACCAAAUGGAAUUUAAGUAUUAAAAUGCAUCUUCUGUCUUUGGAGAGUUUCACACAGACUGAAGUUAAGGCAGCUUCUUGUCAUGACUGUGUUGAGAGCUGAGGGGUCGAUAUGUGUCUAACCUGUGACUGACAAUGACUGGCUUGCAAUCACUGUACGCUGUAAUCAAUAUACUCAAUGGGUAAUAUGUGCUCACUCACAAGCUGUUUUAGUUAAUUAAAAAAAAAGGCUCCCCAUUCCCCCAAUAUUGUUAUUUUUAAAUGUCAAGAAUCAGAUGUCUGCCGUUGGGAACUGUUGUACAGCUGCCAGUGACUGCCUGUAUCAGGGCUUGGAGCAAGAGCAUGGAUUUGAAGACAUUAAAACUGUUUAAUUCUCAGCUGAGAUGUGGUUGGCUUUUGUACAUUUGGAAUAGAGCAUUUAUGGCACACCUCAGGAGCAAGCUAAAAAGGAUACAGGGGCACUUAAGCCAAGUCGUAUUUGUCAAGGUGAAAGCUGUGUGGAGCAGAAAAGCAGUUCUCCCAGCCACAAAGAAGAUGCGAAGGAGCAGAGUUCCCCAGGAUGAAUGGUCAGGGUACACACCUCGCGGGAAAGACGACGAGAUCCCGUGCCGGAGGAUGCGCAGUGGUAGCUACAUCAAAGCCAUGGGGGAUGAAGACAGUGGGGACUCGGACACGAGCCCCAAGCCGUCUCCCAAGGUGGCUGCAAGAAGAGAAAGCUAUCUCAAGGCCACGCAGCCGUCCCUUACAGAGCUCACCACUCUCAAGAUCUCCAAUGAACACUCCCCCAAACUCCAGAUCCGGAGUCACAGCUACCUGAGGGCCGUAAGUGAAGUCUCCAUCAACAGAAGCCUGGACAGCCUGGACCCUGCAGGCUUGCUCACGUCACCAAAGUUCCGCUCCAGAAACGAGAGCUACAUGCGCGCCAUGAGCACCAUAAGUCAGGUGAGCGAGAUGGAGGUGAACGGCCAGUUCGAAUCCGUGUGCGAGUCUGUGUUCAGCGAGCUGGAGUCGCAGGCGGUGGAAGCGCUGGACCUGCCCCUGCCUGGCUGCUUCCGCAUGCGGAGCCACAGCUAUGUGCGGGCCAUCGAAAAGGGCUGCUCCCAGGACGACGAAUGCGUGUCGCUGCGGUCGUCCUCCCCUCCACGCACAACCACCACCGUGAGGACCAUCCAGAGCAGCACCGGUGUCAUAAAACUGAGUUCUGCCGUUGAAGUGUCAUCUUGCAUUACAACAUAUAAGAAGACACCACCUCCAGUCCCACCCAGAACUACCACGAAACCUUUCAUUUCUAUCACAGCCCAGAGUAGCACAGAGUCUGCGCAGGAUGCCUACAUGGACGGGCAAGGCCAGCGCGGAGACAUGAUCAGCCAGUCUGGCCUCAGCAACUCCACCGAAAGUCUGGACAGUAUGAAGGCUCUCACGGCUGCCAUCGAGGCUGCAAACGCCCAGAUUCACGGCCCAGCAAGUCAACAUAUGGGCAGCAAUGCUGCUGCUGUCACCACCACCACCACCAUAGCCACUGUCACCACCGAGGAUAGGAAGAAAGACUUUAAGAAAAACCGAUGUCUGUCUAUUGGGAUACAGGUGGACGAUGCCGAAGAGCCGGAGAAAAUGGCAGAGAGUAAGACGUCCAAUAAGUUCCAGUCCGUGGGAGUGCAAGUAGAAGAAGAGAAGUGCUUCCGCAGGUUCACUCGGUCCAACAGUGUGACAACUGCAGUACAGGCCGACCUGGACUUCCAUGAUAAUCUGGAAAAUUCUCUGGAGUCUAUAGAGGACAAUUCGUGUCCUGGCCCCAUGGCCAGACAGUUCUCGCGGGACGCCAGCACCUCUACCGUCAGUAUCCAGGGUUCAGGAAACCACUAUCAUGCCUGUGCAGCCGAUGACGACUUUGACACGGAUUUUGACCCCUCUAUCCUGCCUCCUCCGGACCCCUGGAUUGACUCUAUCACAGAAGACCCUCUGGAGGCCGUUCAAAGGUCCGUGUGCCACCGGGACGGCCACUGGUUCCUGAAGCUUCUCCAGGCAGAGCGGGACCGCAUGGAAGGGUGGUGCAAGCUAAUGGAGAGAGAAGAGAGGGAGAACAACCUCCCAGAAGACAUUCUAGGGAAAAUCCGAACCGCGGUGGGCAGUGCCCAACUUCUCAUGGCGCAGAAAUUCUACCAGUUCAGAGAACUGUGUGAAGAGAACCUGAAUCCCAAUGCUCACCCGAGACCCACUUCCCAGGACUUGGCGGGGUUUUGGGACAUGCUGCAGUUGUCCAUAGAGAAUAUUAGUAUGAAAUUUGAUGAACUUCAUCAGCUAAAGGCCAAUAAUUGGAAACAGAUGGAUCCUCUUGACAAGAAGGAGCGAAGGGCCCCUCCUCCAGUGCCAAAGAAGCCGGCGAAGGGCCCCGCGCCGCUGAUCCGGGAGCGCUCGCUGGAGAGCUCGCAGCGCCAGGAGGCCCGCAAGCGCCUGAUGGCCGCCAAGCGCGCCGCGUCGGUCCGCCAGAACUCGGCCACCGAGAGCGCCGAGAGCAUCGAGAUCUACAUCCCCGAGGCGCAGACCCGGCUCUGAACGCCGCCGAGGACCGUCCCGCAUCCCUGCCCUCGGCCACCUCCCCGCCCCCUCCGUCUCUGAGCUCAGUGACAGCCACCGCCGUGGCGUAGUUGUCCACCUCGCAGGAGCCGUCCCCAGGCCGCCCCGCUUCCUGGACCACUUUGCCCAUCUUCUCCACCGAGCUUCGCUCCCCCCGUCCUGAAGCCUCAUGCAGACAUCCAAACCCUUUAUUUUCUGGGCCAAGCAAACCCACCUAUGUAGAAAACGACACCUGUAGGUCACUCACAUCCUCCUCAGUUCUCUCAAGCUAGUGUGUCCCUAGAAUUCAGCAAUAUAAAACCAUAGGGUAUUUCAGAAACCCAGUAUCACAUAGGGUGAUCCUUUGGGACUUACCGUCUUCCAUGUGAAAGAAACGAGGGCUCCAACUCCCUUUAUUUGCCCCCAAACAGUUACUUUUUACAAACAGAGAGCGCUUUAUUUCUAAUCUCAGAAAUCACACCAUCUCAUUGGAAUCAAGGUGACAGAGUGGGGACCAAGUUGGCCUAGGGUUGGGGGGCCUGGGUGUGUAAGAGAGAAGGGCGGAGUGCGCAGGUACCUGCAUCUGUGCCCUCCCUCGCAGCUGUACAAACUGCCUCACUGGUACUUCAUCAACCAAGCUUCAAAUGUUUCAAUCAGCAGAAGAUUGUAAAUUCGAUCUUUCAGGGAAAUCAAUCUAUUCUGAAAGGCAAUAAAAGGAAGAAAGUUAAGGCAAAAGGGAAAUAAAUACCGGUGGGUUAAGAUCCUCUGUAAGGAAUCCAUUUAUUUACCUUAAGAAAAUUUAGAACUGAAAUGUGUUUUUUUUUUAAAUCAACUUUUCUUGUACUCUAUGUAUUAUAAUGUCAUGGCAAUGGUUUUUAAAUGGGAGGGUGGGAAAGAGUUGGUUCUGUCAGUUUAGUGUCCAUCCUGGUGGGGCCACUUAAGGUUUCACACACGGAAGAACGUUUCUGCUUCUGAGGGGCGGCAAGGACAAUGCCAGAGGAGAGUUCGGGUUCUCCGCCACCCUUUGAAUGCCACACCUGUCUAGUUCACAUUUCCCGGGGGCGUUUUCUCCUUUGGUUUCCUUUCACUCCAAUACAGAGUUCACCUGUUCCCCAGCACAGGAUUUUGUUCUAUGUCAAAUGAAUAAAAUAAAAGGUUUUCUACCCCAGUUGACACGCUGCCUCAUUCCCAAGAGCUGUCGUUGUGAUCCUGAAGUUCCAGGUAGUGAGAGAAGUCAUUUGAGACGCAGGGGUCAAGAACAAGGAGGCGGCAGGGCAGGCGGCAUUCAUAAACGCUGAUAGAAAGCCAAAUCUUUGGGUGGAUUCCAGGCUGGUUGUUGGCUUGCAAUUUAGUCGUCAUUGAUGGGCUGUGUGUCCUAGCUUCCAGCUGAAGUCUUCAAAUGCCCUUUACUUGCAGCAGUUUAAACAUUCAGAAUGUGGCUAUCUGAAAAGAUCAGCUGGCAACCUAAAGAAUUAGAAAUUUGUCAUAGGAAAAAAAAAAAAAAAACGAAAGACUUAAAAGAAAAAAAAAAUGCUUGUAUCAGAGAUGCUUAAAAAAAAAAAAAAAGAAACAACCAAACAAAAAAAAGAAACAAAACAAACAAAAACCACUCUCAUAGCCAGGUGCUAAUUUAAUUUUCUUUAUGAAAUUAAAAGAAGGGAUGGGUUCUGGCAACCAGUAUUUUCAGACAUAUUCUAAAACCACUAGAGAAUUUGCUACCUCUCAGAGCCAUCGAAGCUUUGAGGUUCCUUUCUCAACAGGGCACAAAUGUUUACUGCUGUGGUUUACAAGAAAAGGGCUAUAACUUACUUUAAAAAACAAAACCAACAACUUUUAACUAGGGCAAAGUCAGCGCUGUGUCAAAUUGGAGCAGAGAUUUGACUCAAGUAUUUGCUAGUUUAAAAAAAAAAAAAAGACACGUUUUCUUUACAGUGGAGCAGCAAUGUAAGAUCAGAAGUAUUUGGGAGUAAGGCCAACUUUCACCUUGGGUAGCCCAUGGUCACACUGAUUCAAGAAAGAUGUGGCAUUCACAGAACGCAGCGUUCAUUCUGGUCCAUUCUGGUCCCACUUUGCCCCACUCAUGCAUUACUGCAGCUCCUUGCCCUGAGAUAGCGCUGAGGUCAGUUUCUGGUGGGAUUCCAGAUCCUCUGACAAUGUUUUCCUUGGGGACUGAUUUAGCCCAGGCUAUUUUAAAGAGAGACAAGAGAAGGCCUAUUUAUCUUGUCCAAGUGAACGGCAUUUGUAUAUUCAUAAGCUAUUUUUGGUAAGAAUUUUAAAUCUCUUAGCUGAAUGCCUGCAGGGCAUCAGAACCUUUGCCUUCCUGAGAAACACAGUUUAAACUGUACACUUUAUUAAAAAAAAUAAAAAAGCGAAUUAUUGAUAUUAGGACAUGACCCACACACGAUACAGCCUGUUACCCACUGGAACCCGGAAACUGACAGCAGGAACAUAACUUUUGUUGCGUUCUUCUUUUUGAUGUAAUUUGUAGAGAUGUUUUUUAGUUCAUAAUGAACAGUGUAUGUACCCUCAAAAAUUACUUAUUUUGUUUAACUUUGGUAUAAAGGUGUUGGGCAUUUUCUUGGGGCGGGGGGGAAAUUACAAAAGAGGUUUGUCUCCCUCAUCAAAAACAACAACAAAAAUACAUUCAAAGAAAUCAAGUAUUUAUUAUAUUUUUUGCAGAUGUUUCCAUACAAUUCACAUAACCUUUUUGUAAAGAGAGAUGAAGAAAUGGAUUAAAGAUUUUUAAUAUUUGAAAUGGUAAAUAGAACUAAUUUAUUUGUAAUAUAUUUCUGUUAUUUAUAGAUGUUCCCUUAAUGUUUUUCUGUGAAGUACUGCUUUAAUUUAAGCCCUAUCCUUGUGAAUUUACCAUUUCUUUUUUUAAGAACAUGUCUAGAUGCAUAUUUUAAAUAACUGGAAUGUAAAUCAUCAGCAUAUCUGAAUUCCCUAAUGUAAUUUUUAAAAAUUAAUUUGGUUUGGGGAAAAAAAGAUUCAUUUGAAAGCCUUCAGAUGGAUGGGGUAGGGAAGAUUUUUAUGGCUUUCUGAAUUGGAAUUUCAUAGGCUUAUUUACCUAGAUUGUGUGUGGACAAAAAAAUAAAUAAAAAUAACAACCUGUAAAUAGAUGAACGUUUCCCAUCAUGUAAAAAGAAGGAAUUAAUAAAAUAAUCAAUGCACUUC